UACUCUACCAAUUUUCAAUCCAGAGACUCAAAUCGCCUCAUAUUUUGGAAUUUUCUUUCAACUCUACUAUUCUUUCUCUCUCUCUCUCAAUGACUCAAGUAGAUUCAGAAUCUACCAACUCCGCCGGCAAUAACGACCGGAAAAUCGUAUGUGAAACUCUCGCAAACACCGAUAAGGAACUCCCACCAGAUUUCCCACCGGAAUCAUUUUGCCUUUCAAAAGAAGCGGAACUCGAUUGGUUUGAUCGUAACGCAUUUUUAGAACGCAAAGAAUCUGCCAAAGGUAACAGUAAUGCUACUCCGAAUUUGCAUCCCUGUUCAAAUUCGAGUUCACAACGACUUUCAUUGACUUUGAAGACUAAGACGACUUUUUUUGGAUUGCCCAAGUGUAGUAGUACUGUUGAUUCCAAGAGAAAAACAUGUAAACCCGCCAAUAUACGGUUUUUUCCGACGAAACGAUCUGAAUCUGCAUUGAAAGCGGUUUCCGCUCCUGAACCGGUGUCGCCUAAGGUAUCAUGUAUGGGAAGAGUAAGAUCAAAGAAAGGUCGCCGGCGAUCAUGUGAACCGGCAGCCAAAAAAUGUGAAAUAUCACUCGAGAGAUCAAAAAGCAGCAGAACCAAACAAAAAACCGGUUUUUAUUCACGUAUACUUUCAAUCUUUGGGUUCAACCGGAGUCACAUCAAACCAGUCAAAGCUAACAUGGAUAAAAUACAGGAACAACCGGUUCAGCCUAGAAAAAGCAACGUUAUGGUAGUCGAAAAAGCUCGUAAAUCAGUGAGUAUUGAACCGGGUUUAGAGCAAACCGGUUUAGGAGGAAUGAUGCGGUUCACGUCGGGUCGAAGAUCGGAAUCAUGGGCAGCUGAAGAGAUCGAUGCAGUGAUGUCAGAGUUGGGGCCCAAUAGAAGAAGUUAAAUAGAGCGCGCGGAAGUUUUUUUUUUUUUUUUAAUUUUUUU